AUGUCUUGUAUUUGUAGAUGAGUGUGGAUUCGUGUCUGGUGGUGUUGCACGGGGGGAGGCGCUUUGCUCUUCAGCGUGUGUUUUCCCUAACAGAAGAUUUCCUGUUGUCACGCGCCGCGCACCAUAGAUACGAGCGCACGCUCACGGGGAAGCGCGUGAAGUUGUCAGAUUUGACGGAAUAUUCCUGAAAUAUCAGCUUUCGCGCGGUGUGCUACGAAUUUUGGACAUUUGUCUUCAGUGUUCUGAAGUCAUCGGAUACAUCCAAUGAUCUGUGUGGUAUCAGUCACUUUAAGAUGACCGAAGAGUAUUGAAAGGCAUCCUGGCUCCGCCUCAAGGUUUCUAUUUCUCCGUCUCCUGCCUCCGCUCCUCUAUGGGUUCCAGAAGUCAGGGGUUUUUCCAUCACCCAAAUCACCAUCAUCAUCACCACCAUCACCGCAGUUCAGUGGUACCCGCGGCUGUUCCCCGACUGGUGGCAGAAACCAGCAGCCUGUUAGGCGGCAUUGCCCAGAUCACCCCAUCCUUGUUCCUAGGCCGUGGGAAUGUGGCAUCCAACCGCAGUCUCCUCCUGUCCAAAGGAAUUACCUGUGUGGUGAACGCCACCAUCGAACUGCCCAACUUCAACUGGCCGCACAUGGAGUACGUGAAGGUACCGUUGGCCGAUAUGCCUCACUCUCCGAUCUCGCUUUAUUUCGACAGCGUGGCCGAUAAGAUUCACAGCGUGGGCCGCAAACGGGGCGCCGUGCUGGUGCAUUGCGCGGCUGGCGUGAGCCGCUCCGCCUCGCUCUGCUUGGCAUACCUCAUGAAGUACCACAGGGUUUCUCUGGCAGAGGCUCACGCCUGGGUCAAAGCCCGACGACCGGUUAUUCGUCCUAAUGGAGGAUUCUGGCGACAGCUCAUCGAGUACGAGAGGAAACUGUUUGGCAGGAACUCUGUGAAAAUGAUCCAGACACCAUACGGGGUCAUUCCCGAUGUGUAUGAGAGGGACCGCAGAAAUAUGCCACCUUAUUGGGGGUUGUGAAGUAGGAUUUGGUUCAAGCUUAUAUCAGAGGUCCGAGCAGGUCCAGUAAAUGACUCCCUUCGUCUUCCGGCCUCUAUUGAUACAAUUGCAUGUCUCUUCAGCAAGAGAAUCAAGUGUGAUGGUGAGUGUUUGUGUCUGGGAAGACGUCUAAACUUGGCUCCAGAGUUAAAGGUCAUAUUGUAGGUCAUGUAUGGAAAUCAUUCCUGGAGUUGAUAAUGGCUUCAGGAGCACUUGGGGAACCAAAUAUGGUGCUGAGAAUCAGGACGGUUAAGAUUUACCCAACAUGAAUAUUGUGCUGAUGUUGUUUCGGUUUUGCUCUUUUCUUUGUUGAGAGACAACAGUCUGCUCCUGAUUAUUGGUAGCAUUUGAACAAAAUACAUUAUUGUAUUGCAAUGUGUAUUUAAACUGUGCAGAAUUGACAAAUUUACUAAGACCGAUAUAAUAUACAGAUGCACUGAAAUUUUAGACGCUGAAAAUUAUUGGCCAAAAAUGGCAUCGGAAAGAAAAACGGCCUAAAAUAUAUCUAUCGAAAAAUAUAAUCUUUAUUAAAGGUGCAGUGUGUAAAUUUUAGCGGCAUCUAGUGGUGAGGUUGGGAAUUGCAACCAAUGACUUUUUCCACUGCUCACCCCUCGCUUUUGAAACAUAUAGAGAAGCUAGUCGCCACCAGACAAACAUGUCAUCGUCGGAGACAACUUAGUAAAAAAAAUUGUCCGUUAAGGGCUUCUGUAGAAAAUGGCGGUACAAAAUGGCGACUUCCAUGUAAGGGGACCCCCGGUGUAUGUAGAUAAAAAGGUCUCGUUCUAAGGUAAUAAACACAUAACGGUUCAUUAUGGAAGGUCUUUAUACACCCCUGAUAAUAUAGUUUUGUAUAUUAUUUUGCAUUUCUGUCAAGAGAUCCUUCUAAAAAUUACACACUGCACCUUUAAAUUUAGUAUUAACAAGGCUGCUAAGUUGCUGCAUUACUUUACUAAUGUUUUUUUAUUGAACUUUAGAUUAUUUAGAUAAAAAAGCUGUUCAAUUUGAUUCUGUUUCAUAUAACUAAAUGAAGAAUAUUUAGUAUUGUUUUAUUUUCAUCCAAUUAUUUCAAUUACUUUUGAAAAAGUGUGAUUAUUUUAUUGAUUUGUAGUUUUUUCAAUGCAGCUUUAUGAAAUUAUUGAAAUGUAAAAGUGUAAUUAUAAUACAAAUAUACAAAACUAUCAAAUUUUUGGUUUAUGGCCAGGUGCAAAAGAAAUGUCAAUUUCGGCCAAAAAUUUUCAUUCUUGGUGCAUCACUUAUAUAAUAGUUUUAAAAUGAGUAACACAAACUGUAACACUGCAACAUUGUGAGUUUAUCAGUAAAACUUUAUAAUAAGGGUCAGUGAAUCACAAUGAACUAAGACCUAAAUUAAUUCUCACUCAAAUAUGAACUAAUGAAGAGUUAAGUUAUGUAUUUACUCAUUCCCCGCCAGCUAUUAUUGAAAAUGUUCACAAAAUGCCUUCCAGGAAAAUUUUCUUCUAGAAAUAUAUAAACAUACAAAUAUAUCAAAUAAAAGAACAGACCCUAUGCUUUCAAACAAACAAUAAACAAACAAAGAAAACAGGAAAAAUACAUUUCGUCAUAUCUAUAUUUUUUUCUGCUUAUAAACUCUUAAAUAUGGGUAUUUAAAAAAAAUGCUGAAAAUAAAUGCAUUUUUGUGAAGGAAUUUUGUUAGAGAUCAGAUUCAGAACGAUUAUCAAAACAUACACAGAGUUUAAAAUUAGUAAAUAACGUUUUGGCUUGAGUUUUUCAUAAAUUGGGAUAAAUAGUGGAUAAUCGCGGUAUUGCAGAUUAACAUAAAAAUUCUUCAGAAACAAUUUUUUUGCAAAUGUUUUCUCUAAUUGACGAGAUAACUUGUCAAUGGCGGGGAAAGAGUUAAUCAUAUACUAAUGAAGAGUCAUUAAGUACAUAGUGUAUGUAGUUCAUUUUAAUUUGUGUACCCUUAUUAUAAAGUGUAACCAGAUUAUCAGAUGUGUAAACUAAUAGUGUAUAUUAAAAGAAUUUUAUUGAAUAUAACAGGAGAAACUGACUGUAUAAAGGACAGUGUUGGGCUAUAGAAGUGCUUCAUAAAAUGACAUUUCUGAAUUCUAAAAAAGUUUUUGAAUAUUUCUUUUAAAAACCAUUCAAAAAUGGCAGUCACUGUCACCAUAUUUUCAAUGAUUUAUAUUUUCACUAGUUUUUUAAGCAUUAUUUUGAUUAAGAUUAGAUCUUUCAAAUAUUUACACAGCUCUGUCACAAGCACACAGGACUCAAAGCUUUUAUUAAAUCAUGUUAAAUAAAUUAACAUAAACUGUCCAGAUUAAU